CUCAGCUAAAUAGUAAUCCUGACUGGACAAUAAAAAGUCACAAAAGCUGUGUUUCAACAUAUACAUCCAAGUUUCAUAUCGAGAGAGAGCUGAAAAGAACAAAACCGACCAAAGCAUUAGAUACUUCUCCUGUCUUGACAAAACGUGUGAGACGAUCUGAUAUUCCAACAUUUAAUUUCCUCGAACACUGCAUUUUUUGUGGGGAAAUAUGCAAACCAUUAGAUCCUCAUAACCCUAAAAGGUGGAAAAAAGUUAUAGAAUGCAAAACUGCUGAUCGUGGUGAUAAAGGCUCAUUUAAACAUAAUAUUCUACAGAAGUGUGAAGAGCGUGGAGAUGAAUGGUCUAAAAAAGUAGAAGUUAGACUUCAGGGUGCUGUAUCAGAUUUACAUGCUGCAGAUGGGAGAUAUCACCAGGCCUGCUAUCACAAGUUCAUGAAUGCAUGUUGUGUAAAAAAGGCGGCAUCAAGUUGUGCAUCAUCUUCAACACAUGAUCUUGCUUUGUACAAGGUGUCGGAAGAAAUGGAAAAAGACUUAUCAAAGUUUUGGAAUACGAAUGAACUGUAUGAGUUGUACUGUACAUUUGAUGGUGAAAAGUGCCGCCGAAGUUUUACUGAUGGACUUUCUGAAAUUAUGAAUGAUUAUGUUGUGCUAUCAUCACCAGGAUAUGCCAAUAUAUUGGUUCAUAAAUCAGCUGCUAGUAAAGUGACCAAGCUAUAUAAUGAUGAAAAUGUCGAUGAAGAUGAGACAAAUGUUCAAGUUAAAAAACUUGCAUCCAUUAUAAUCAAAGAGUGCAAAGAAGUAUGUCCUAAUAAUAAAUCAUACAAAACAAGAAUAAAUGGAAGGAUAGCCUCAGAACCAGUCAGUCCUACCUUGAUCAUGCUCUUAGAGGCAAUAUCACCAAAAUUAAAUAAAUCAUCCUUAUCAACAAUAUUGAUUGGUAACAUCAUCACCAGUGUAGUAACAACAAGAUACACCCCCCUGCAAGUUGCUCUAGGUGUUUUACUGAGACAAAAGUGCUUAAUCAAUUCCCUUUUUGAUUUCCAUGUCUGCUGUUCUUAUGAAGAGGUUAAUAGGUUCAAGUCAUCAGUGGCAUCAGCUGUAUCUAAAGAGGGCGAUGAUCAUGGUCCAUUUGACCAUAAAGAUGGACUCAUACAACUAAUGAGUGAUAACUUUGAUGCCAAUAUUUCUUCCCAAAAUGGUUUAAAGUCAACUCAUGCCUUAGCGCUCCUUCUAACACAGUGCCAAUCAGGUUAUUCUACUGAUGAUGCAGAUGAUGAAUAUGAUACAACUGUCCCAAGGCUACCUUUGAGUGAUUCUCGGGAAAGCUGUCCUGAUGUCCCAUCCCAAAUAUAUGAAGGACCUAAAAAUCCAC